AUGCAACAAGGUCGCCAGUCGAAUCCGCUGGAUGAUCUUGCCUUCCUGGCCGAUUCAUAUCAACACGCGUCGCAACAGACUGCAAGUGUACCGACUACCUCAGUGCCAUUGUAUCCUCAACAGCCUCAAAUGCUUCCAACAUCAGACGCGAAUCUCUUGUACGGACCACCACCAACAACAUCACAGCAAUACCAACAGCAGCAGCAGCAGUUUCCUUUCAUACCGCCUAUAAUCCAACCACCACAACAACUAUAUCAACAUGUCAUUCAAAUGGACGAUCCAAAUGCCAGCAGAUCUAUGCCCCCACCACCACCCGCAAUUCCAACAAUAAUACUCAAACCACCAUCUUCAACUGGUCUUGCUCUUUCUUCUACAUCAGCUGUCGCUACAUCUGCUACAACUCCCGUUGUUACUCUAACAGUACCAACACCACCAGCAGGAAUAGCAAGUCAUGCCGUAUACGCAGCAGUGUAUUCUGGAGUCCCCGUAUACGAAAUGAUGUGUAGGAAUGUAGCUGUCAUGAGACGACGUGCUGAUUCCUUCUUGAACGCUACUCAGAUAUUGAAGGUGGCUGGUAUUGAUAAGGGCAGACGGACAAAGAUUUUGGAACGUGAAAUCUUGACUGGUGAACAUGAGAAGGUGCAGGGUGGGUAUGGAAAGUAUCAGGGAACUUGGAUUCCAUUUGAACGUGGUGUUGCAUUGGCGAGGCAGUAUAAUGUUGAGCACUACCUUGGAGCCAUUCUGGAAUUUCAGCCUCCACCAGCUGGUCGAUCAGAUAAGACGCCUACAAAGGAAGAAUAUAUGGCUGCUACCCGAGAGAAGAAGCCAUCAGCUGGUUCUUCUCGACCAGUGUCAACAACCGCUGCAACGUAUCGUGCCAUACAAAAUGCCAUUCGUGAUGGAAAGGACACCACAACAACACCCUUCAUGUCAGCAAGUCCAACACCUGUACAAACCUCAACAAACACACCCGCAUCUUCACCACCAUCAGGUCCAUCACGAAAAAAAUAUAGAGCAGAUGAUUAUGGACCAAAUGGAUACGUUGGUGGAUAUAACGUUGCAGCAAAUCUAGUCGAGACAGGUGCUGAACGUCACCGAGCAGCACUCAUGGCUCUCUUCUUGAAUGAGGAUCGUGAUCACAUCCCUGAUCUCUUGACAAAUCCUACCCCACCUACAGAUCUAGAUAUUGAUCUCGUUAUUGAUGAUCAGGGACACACAGCAUUACAUUGGGCUGCUGCAUUAGGUCGUAUUGCAAUACUUCGAUUACUGGUUGAAAAGGGUGCAAAUAUAAAACGAUUAAAUAAUUUGGGUGAAUCGGCACUUGUACGUGCUGUACUCGUAACCAAUAACUAUGAUAGUCAGAGCUUCCCUGAAUUAUUAAACAUAUUGGCUGAUGCCAUAUCACUGGUUGAUAACAAGCAUCGUACCGUAUUACAUCAUAUUGCUUUCACAGCAGGUAUAAAAGGUCGAUCUCUAGCAGCCAAAUAUUAUAUGGAAUGUGUCCUCGAACGUAUCGGAGCGAUGGCAGGUGGAUUCUUUGGCACUCUGAUUGAUAUACAAGAUAAACAUGGUGAUACUGCACUUAACAUUGCAGCUCGAUUCGGAAACCGUAAUCUCGUAGAACAGUUAUUGGAUAUUGGAGCAUCACCCGAUAUGGAAAAUAAGGCUGGUAUUCGACCAUCAGAUUUUGGAAUUGAUGAUUUAUUACAUCAUGGAGAGGGUUUACGUGCUGCCGCUGCAGCUGUACGAGCCUUGACGGAGUCUAUGACUGAUGAUUUGCUACCACCUGAGAUUAAUGCUAUGCCUAGUGAUAGUAGUAGUAAUGCCAUGGAAGGUGUCAUACCUACUAGUGCUGCUGAUACAACAGCAAGCACAGCAGCAGUUACAGCAGCAACGAUUGCAUCCAUCUUGUCAACAAACGAGCCAAUGAUGGUUGAUUCAGAAAGUGGCGGAGGACCUAGUCGUAAAAGGCCUAGAAGUCCGGAAGCUGCUGCUGUGCAAUCUAAUCGGAUGGGAUUUCCGCCGCUUCAGAGACAACACGUAGAUGCUAUGGGAAUGCCUGUUGUUAAGGGCAAGGCUGUUGCAACUACGGUUGAAAGAAUGGUUGAAGACAUGAAUUCCACAUUCACUCGUGACUUGAAGACCAAACAAGAUCAAUUAGGUGAAACUCAAAGCAUGUUACGAGAAUUGACGAAAGAACUCGCUGACGUUCGUCGUCAAAACUUGGGAUUGCGACAACAAAUAAGUCAAUUACCAGAACUAGCAUUACGUACCAAGACUUUGGAAACUGCUUUAUCCGAAGAGACUGCUCGAACCCAACUUAUACAUGGUGGUAUGGCAACAACAUCAACAGCAGCAGGAGCUAGUGAAUCUCGUAGUGGUAAUAGCAACAAGCCAACACCUCCGAAUCUCGAAGAAUUACGUAAAGAAGUAACCAACCUCCGUAACGAAGUACAUCGUCACGAAGUCGAAGAACAACGAUUACGAGAAGAAAUCAAUAAUGUCAAGGAAACCACAUCCACAUCCGAUUUACAAUAUCGACGUAUCAUAGCGUCGUGUACCAAGCAUCCAAUCACUGAGGUUACUGAUGAUUAUAUAGCCAGUCUGUUGGUUGUUGCAGAAUUGGACAAGGAUGUACCUACUCCUGAUAUUGCUUCGUUUGUUAGUAAAGUUGAGACACAUGAGAGUGGUGGUGCUAUUAAGAAUAGUGGUGGUAUGAGUGUUGCUAGACCGAUAUAA